AUGUUUUACAGGAGAGAUAUCGGUACUCUUUGUUUUGGUGAAUGGAUUGUUGAGAAGGAGGCAAAGAUGGGGGAGUUAUAUAUUGUGGAAUGUAGAGGUUAUGAUCGAUAUGGAGGAGAUGAAGAGGGUUUUGAUUUGAAUGAGGAGUUAAAGAAGAUUAAUAGUGUCGGGUUAAUUAGAGCAGUAGGGGAUUAUCAACCAGAAGCUGCUCAUAGGUUUUGUGUUAGGCAUCUGUACCAAAACUUUAAGGAGAGUUUCAAGGGGAAGUACUUGAAGGAUCAAUUGUGGGGAGCUGCUAUGGCAACAAUGAAAGCUGAUUUUGAUUCCUACAUGGAUGCAAUCAAGGCUCAUAACUCUGAAGCGCGAGAAUGGUUGGAUGCGAGGCCUGCCCACCAAUGGUCCAGACAUGCAUUUGGUUUGGAGCCAAGUUGUGACAUAUUGUUGAAUAACAUAAGCGAGUGCUUUAACUCAUGUAUAAGGGAGGCAAGGGAGAAGCCUAUUAUCACUUUGUUGGAGUCCAUUAGAAGAUAUUUGAUGCAAAGGUUGGAAAAAAAGAGGAAUGAACCUGCAUUCCGGAGAAAUUUCAAGUUGAUGCCUAAAAUACAAAAGAAGAUUGAGGUAGCAAAAGAUGGUCAGAGGUAUUGUAAAGCAAUUCCUUCAGGGGUUGGAGAAAUGGAAGUCCAUUGCAACGGAGAUCAGUUUACUGUUGAUAUAAAUACCAAAAAAUGUAGCUGUUACAAAUGGCAGGUCAGUGGAAUUCCUUGUUGCCAUGCAGUGGCAGUGAUUUAUGCGAUAAGGGCCAACCCUGAAGAUUUUGUUGCAGAGUGGUUCACCAAAGAAAAGUAUAUACAUGCUUACACGCCAGUUUUGCAUCCAAUCAGAGGAAUGAGACACUGGCCUCGUUCAAAACUUCAACCUUUGCUGCCACCUAUGACGGAAAAGUCUAAGGACAAAGAAAACAAUAAGAAGAGGAGAAAAGAUCCUGAAGAAGCAAUUGCCAAGGGCUCAAAGCUAUCAAGAAAGGGUUACACAGUUACCUGUAAAGUCUGCAAGGUGGUCGGACAUAACCAAAGAACAUGUCCACUCAAGAAAAAUGAUCGGACAGGAGCAAUGGCUGGAGCAUAUGAAAAUGCAAGUAACGAGGUAUUCAUGGGGUUUAAUGUUCCUAUUGGACCAGAAGAUGAACAAUGUGUGACACAAGCAGAGCAACCUCCUUCAAACCCGAUAAUAUCAAGAGGAAGAGCUGGCAAACUUAUUUGGAGCAGAAUACCAAGAAUUUAG